GGAAGGAUUAACAGGAACCCUGUUGGAGAGACUAGAGAGCUAGCGAGAGGGAGGCAAAACGAGAGAGGAUCCUUUGCUGACGCAAAUUUGCAGGGAAAAUGGACAACAGAAAUGUCGUCGUCUGCGACAAUGGCACUGGGUAUGUAAAAUGUGGAUUUGCUGGGGAAAACUUUCCAACAUCUGUAUUUCCUUGUGUGGUGGGGAGGCCCAUGCUGCGGUAUGAAGAAUCACUCGUGGAACAAGAGUUGAAGGACAUUGUGGUAGGAGAUGGUUGUGCAGAGUUGCGGCAUCAACUCGAUAUAUCUUAUCCUGUACACAAUGGCAUUGUGCAGAAUUGGGAUGAUAUGGGCCACAUUUGGGAUCAUGCAUUUUUCAAUGAACUAAAAAUAGACCCAACAGAAUGUAAGAUCUUACUCACAGACCCACCUCUUAAUCCUUCAAAAAACCGUGAAAAAAUGGUAGAGACCAUGUUUGAAAAGUACAACUUCGCAGGUGUCUUCAUUCAAAUCCAAGCUGUUUUGACAUUGUAUGCUCAAGGCUUGCUGACUGGUCUUGUUAUCGACUCUGGUGAUGGUGUCACUCAUGUGGUUCCAGUUGUUGAUGGCUACUCAUUCCCUCAUCUUACAAAGCGAAUGAAUGUGGCUGGGAGGCAUAUAACAUCUUAUCUUGUUGAUUUGCUCCAAAGAAGAGGGUAUGCAAUGAAUAGAAAUGCAGACUUUGAAACUGUUCGGGAAAUAAAGGAGAAGCUCUGUUACAUCAGUUAUGAUUACAAACGGGAAUACCAGUUGGGACUGGAAACCACAAUCCUUGUCAAGAAUUAUACACUGCCAGAUGGAAGGGUUAUUAAAGUUGGCACUGAACGGUUCCAAGCUCCUGAGGCUCUUUUUACUCCUGAACUAAUAGAUGUAGAAGGUGAUGGAAUGGCUGACAUGGUAUUUCGCUGCAUUCAGGAAAUGGAUAUUGACAAUCGUAUGAUGCUUUACCAGCAUAUAGUUCUAAGUGGAGGGAGUACCAUGUAUCCUGGACUACCUAGUCGUUUGGAGAAAGAAAUUCUGGACCGUUAUCUUGAAGUUGUCUUGAAGGGUAACAAAGAUGGGUUAAAGAAAUUACGGCUACGGAUAGAAGAUCCACCACGGAGAAAGCAUAUGGUAUACCUCGGAGGUGCAGUCCUAGCAGGAAUUAUGAAGGAUGCACCAGAAUUCUGGAUUAGCAGACAGGACUAUUUGGAGGAGGGAAUUGCUUGUUUAAGAAAGUGUGGUCAGGCUUGAGAAUUGCAUCCUCUGCUCCUUGUCUGUUCAAGUAACUCACAAUUCAUAUUUUACGGGCAAAAUCAAGGGGUCUCAAAAACUCUACAUCAAGGUGCUUAAGUUCAUGCAAAGGAAUCAAGAAUUGACCAGAGACCACAAGAGUGUUCGCGUCUAGAUACCAUCUACUAUGAAGAAGGCCAGUUUGAAAGAGUACAUGCCUCUUUAAUGUAAUUAUUAAUUUGCAUAUUUGCCUCCAUUUCCUUUUCUAAUGAAGCUGUUGACGGAUUUUGAACAGAAAAGGAAAUGGGGAAGUGUAGAUGGUCAAACUCCGGCAAUUAUCCCCUGGAUCAUCCUUUUUUGUUUUUUUAAUAUAUUUAGUCAGAUCAUAAUAUAUUGGGUGCCUCUACCCUUCAAAAUGUAUUUGUAUGUUAAUACAAUUCACAUUAACUUGUGUUGUGCACC